GACGUACACGGUUGUUAUUCUAUAAGGUCUUUUUCACUUUUUUGUUUUGUCAAAUAUGGCGACGACCGGACAAAAAAUUUGUUGCUGCUGAAAGUUAAGAAAGAUCAAUAAAAUAACUAAAAAAUAUGUUGAUAGUAAUAAAUAAAUUAAAUUGGAUUUGGUAGAAAUUGUUUAAAAUUUUUGUGUGAGUAACAUAAAAUGUGGAACAUGAUGUGCGACGUUAUGCCAACCAUUUCGGAGGACAGCAUUUCCCAACGUUCCUCACAAUUUAGCGGCGAAGAUGCUAAUUUCGAACAGCUUAUGGUGUCUAUGCUGGACGAAAGGGAUAAGUUAAUGGAUAGCUUGCGUGAGGCACAAGAACGUCUUAGCGAAACUGAAGUAAAACUGCAUGAUGUAGAAAAGGAACGAGACAGUUUGCAACGUCAAAUAAAUGCAAACUUGCCACAGGAAUUUGCUACAUUAACUAAAGAACUAACGCAAGCAAGAGAGGCACUACUAGAAAGAGAUGAAGAAAUCGGUGAAUUGAAAGCAGAACGCAACAAUACACGACUUCUCUUAGAACAUUUGGAGUGCUUGGUGUCGCGGCAUGAACGUUCCUUACGUAUGACAGUUGUUAAAAGACAGGCGGCAGCACAAAGUGGCGUCUCCAGUGAAGUUGAGGUUUUAAAAGCUUUAAAAAGUUUAUUUGAACAUCACAAAGCGCUCGACGAAAAAGUCAGAGAGCGCUUACGCAUAUCUAUAGAAAAAAACAAUACCUUAGAGGAGGAGUUAAACUCAACCAAAGAAGAGCUUCAGCAAUAUAAAUCAGGUGCAAUACAAGUCAAACGUGAUGCAAAUAGUGAGAAUGGAGUAACUGAAAAGGCCUGUAGCGUGAAUGGUGAAACCAAUGAAGCAAGUGAUUACUCUGCGAAAACUCAUGAAUUGCAAACAAUUAUUGAAAAACAAACUGCAGAGCUGUCACAAUGGCAACGUCGAGUUUCUGAUCUUAACAAUAAAAUCUGUGAACUAGAAGAAAACUUGUCAAGAGUUCAAAAAGAUUUGUGUAAGUCUCAAGAACAGUGUUCCAAACUGCAAAGAGAUUUACGUGAAAAUGUUGCUCAAAAGGAAGAUCAGGAGGAAAGAAUAGCUACACUUGAAAAACGUUACUUAAAUGCUCAACGUGAAUCCACAUCGUUACACGAUUUGAAUGAAAAACUGGAACAAGAAUUACGCCAUAAAGAAGCACAACUCAAGUUGCACGAAGAAAAAAUUUGUGCAAUAGAAGAAAAAUUAGAAUUAUCCGAACAAAAACUAGCACAACAAGCUAAGAUGCAACCUGAUAUGGAAGAACAGCUUAAAGCGCGUAUGGAGGCUUUAGCUAAGGUAGGAAAUAAGGCUCAAGAACGUCACGGUUCAGCUGAGGAUCGUAUACAGAGACUAGAAACCACGUUAGAAGAAAAGAACGCCGAAGUUGUGAGACUGAACCAAAGAUUAAAAAUGAAUGAGGAGCAUAACAUAAGGCUAUCGUCAACUGUUGACAAAUUACUUUCUGAAUCGAAUGAACGAUUACAGGUUCAUUUGAAAGAACGUAUGCAUGCACUAGAUGAGAAGAACUCAUUAACGCAGGAACUAGAAAAGGCGCGUAAAAUUGCUGAAGAAUUGCAUCAUGAAAAAAGUGAGAUAUUGAAGGAUUUGUCAAAGACACGUUUAGAAAUUGAAAAUUUCAAGCGGCAAUUAUUGCAACAAGAAAUUGCUUACAAUAUACAACAAACUGAGGCAUUAACCCGUAGUCUUUCACCCAGCAGUGCUGUGGAUGGAAAUAGUUUUUCACGUAGUGCUUCGCAUGCUAGUUUUGAGACGCAUUCACUGCGAAGAAAUAAAUCACGUUUGCAAGAAGAAAAUGAAAAAUACGCUAGAUCAAUGGCAGAGCAGGAAUGGGAAAAACUGCAGCAGGCACACGCACAGCAAGCUUUUGAAAUAUCUGUAGCGCCUGAAGUUGAUGAUGGUGAUGUAAUAUUUGCUGCUACAGAUAUGAUGUCACCUUCAGGUCAUACAGACGCACAGACAUUAGCAAUGAUGCUGCAGGAACAGCUUGAUGCCAUUAACAAUGAAAUUAGAUUAAUUCAGGAAGAAAAACAGUCCACAGAAGCUAGAGCCGAAGAACUGGAGUCACGUGUUGGCAGUUUAGAACAUGUAAAUUUACUUGCUCGUGGUCGUUCAAUGGAUAGACAAAGCCCACCUAUGAGCGGUCGAAGUACUCCUAAUAGCCCGAACAGGGACUACAUGCAAAAAUACCAUACGGUAAUAUUAAAAUUGUUGUUUAGCAGACAAAAAAUUUUCAUUCAGAAGUAUGCACUUAUAUAA